AUAAAAAGGAGGCGACACAGCACUCUUCUGGCUCGCCUGUUCCGGACUCGGAACGUGUUGCUGGCUCCAGGCCGGCCUACCUACCUCAGGUGACUCGGGUCACAGCCCAUUCCCCGCCCGGGAAGUUCACCUGAAGUCCCUCACGCACCCGAGGGUCCUUCCGGAGCGGCAGCAGCGGGUCCAUGGAGAAGGGUCCGGGGCGAGUGACGCUGAAGUCGCGGGGCGCCAGGUGCAGCAAUGGGUUCCUCGAGGGGGAGCCGCCGCGACCCGGGCCAAGCCCGCCCGCGGAGAAGCCGCCGCGACCGGAGAGCAAGAGCGCCCAGCCGGCGGACGGCUGGAAGGGCGAGCGGCCCCGCAGCGAGGAGGACAACGAGCUGAACCUCCCCAACCUGGCGGCCGCCUACUCGUCCAUCCUGCGCUCGCUGGGAGAGGACCCCGAGCGGCAGGGGCUGAUCAAGACGCCCUGGAGGGCGGCCACGGCCAUGCAGUUCUUCACCAAGGGCUACCAGGAAACCAUCUCAGAUGUCCUAAAUGAUGCUAUAUUUGAUGAAGACCAUGAUGAGAUGGUGAUUGUGAAGGACAUAGACAUGUUUUCCAUGUGUGAACAUCAUCUAGUUCCUUUUGUUGGAAAGGUCCAUAUCGGUUAUCUUCCUAACAAGCAAGUUCUUGGCCUCAGCAAACUUGCUCGGAUUGUAGAAAUCUACAGUAGAAGAUUACAAGUUCAGGAGCGCCUUACGAAACAGAUUGCCGUAGCAAUCACAGAGGCCUUGCGACCUGCUGGAGUGGGGGUCGUGGUUGAAGCAACACACAUGUGUAUGGUAAUGCGAGGAGUGCAGAAAAUGAACAGCAGAACUGUGACCAGCACGAUGCUGGGGGUGUUCCGGGAGGACCCGAAGACCCGGGAAGAGUUUCUGACCCUCAUCAAGAGCUGAGCCUCAGCUUGUACCACAUGGUUUACAGAUCGUGCAGCUAGAAGCAUUGUUUUGUCUGGUCUUAAUUGUUCGUACAUUCCACUUCCAGUUGUUACAGAUGUGAACUCUCAUCUUUGUCAUUAAUUGUAUUUAAUAAUUAUUUAUAGCAAGUCAAAUAAAAGUAAUUAAUUAAGGGGUGAGCCCUGUAUUUUCUUCUUGCCACCUUUUAGUGGCAACAUCCAAGAAAACUGCCAAUAGUGUAAGUUGCGACCCCAUGGACUAUAGCCCGCCAGGCUUCUCUGUCCCUGGAAUUCUCCAGGCAAGAAGACUGGAUUGGGUAGCCAUUCCCUUCUGCAGGAUAGUAUAAGUUACUUGUAUAAAACCACUGCCUUUCAGGUAACCUGAGGGUGCUAGGAAGGGAGAAGGAUUCAUAUGUUUUGUUCAGAGUAUGGUAAUUUGAUUCAGAAGCAUAGGAAUGUUGGGAAUGGGAGAAAAUUAUGGUCAAUAUGUUUAUUUUACCCUCUCCAAACAAAAAUGGUGUCGUGCUUGAAAUAAUUUUAUAUACACUGUGCAGCAUUGCUCUGCAAAUUCAAAAUCCAAAAGGCUCCAUUUUAAUCAUGAUUAUUUAACCGCCAAUGAUACUUUAUUUUUUAUAUAUUUUUAAAACUAUCCAGUUGUAACAUAUGUCACCAAGGGAAGGUAGUGGAAUAUCUAGGUAUUUUAAUUUCACUAUGAGUUAAAAAGGCAAUUUCUACCUUCUAUUCUUUUUAAAAUUCAAGUACAGGAAAUUAGUUCCUGGAGUUGUUUACGAGUAUAUUCUCAUGUCAAUAUACAGGGAUUUAGACAUUUAACUCUCUGUGCCUUGAGGAGAAUAUCACACCAUUUAGAGUGUAGAUACCUUUGCCUUUUUUUUUAAGCCAUUAUUUUGUAAGACUUAGUCCUGACGUUGAAAAUAACUAGCUAUCACAGUUCUACCUUUUCAUUUUUCUUGGGAGCUUACUCUGUGAGUUCCUUGUAGAUGCCUCAAAAAAAUUUUUUUUAACCUAUCAAAUAUUUUUCUAAGUAUUUACAGAAACUUUUAAAAGUGUCCAUCAUUUUCAGGUUUGCAGAACCAUAGCUUCCGUGAACAUGAGAGAAUGCAGAUUGCACUGUGAACUGUUUUGAGCUCUGUCCCAUGUCUAAUGAAAGCGAUUUUGUUGGUGUCUGUGAAAACGCACCAUCAUUUUCUGGAAUGAGUGUAAAAUACUGGAAACUGGUAUACUAGUUUCCCGUGUGGCCCAAGUGGAUCUUAUCUUUGGUGUGACUGUUCAAGUGGGAUAGGUCUUUUAGUCCAGGAAGCUGCUGCCUUAUUAAUGAUUAUCUUAAAAUUUCCUCCACUGGGGCAGUGUGGGCCAAAUCGAAACAAACAACAACAACUAAAAAUCCCAACUCUCUGCAAAAACAAACACGGUUAUUCCAUGGAGAAGUCUCUGACAUGGAGAAGGCUGACACUGUGCUCUUCAAAUUUAUCCUGUUACCUUAACAAGGAUUAACUACAUGCUUGCUGCAACUCUGGCAGUUCUGUCUCUGCCACUCUGAUGCUAUUUGGCUUAUGCAAGGGCAAGAUGGCAGAGGUGUUUUUUUUUUUUUUUAAAUUUUAACUCUUCCCUACUUCUAGUUCCUUUAUUUUUUCUAUAUUUGGAGUUUCUAAAGUAGUUUGGUGGUUGAUUCUGAGUUCCUUUUAAAAUCUAACCUGAUAUAGACAUUAUCCUGCUUAACAUUUAGACAGAGAUAGAAUUAACAUUCAUCUCAUGCUUAAUAUUUUGAAGUUUUUAGAGCUGUGACUUGGAGGACCAAAGAAAUUGUUAGCUGUUUAUUCAUCUUCCUGAAAUCAAUUGUAUUCCUUUCUAACUCUUUAUUUUAAGAUUCCCUAGAAGUGUUCUCAUAAAAGUUUAAAAUAUCCAUGGUAUCAGUCUAGAGUAUUGGUAAAUGCAGAGUAACUACCUUGUCUGUUUUACUCUGGUCUGUAAGUUAUUCAAAAUUACCUUUUCGUAUCCGUGGCCUUGAGUUCAUUUUGGGAGCAUUUAAGAAUCUGAUGCAUUUAAAUACACUGUUCAAUUUAAUUGUUCAACUUUUAUGUAUGGUGUAUAUUGUUCCUGAAGUUGGUUUUAUUUAAAUUAUUAAACUGUUAUGACUUUGUUCUUGUGAAAAUA